GUGCCUGCAGGGUUUCACAAAGUGCUGUGGAGUCUAUGGGUGUCACAUUGCUUAUAAUCAUGAACACAAUCACCAUUCUUCUGUGUGUUCUUGCAAAUCAGGUCACAAGUCAAACUAACGAUAUUUUUCCUGCGAGGAUCCUGGCUCAACAAAAAGCUAUAAGUGAGGACAGUGACCUUUAUGUAACCUGCAGUACAUUUGGGUUCAAGAAACAGAUCGUGGUUUAUGUUUAUUUAUGCAAGGAUGACAUUUGGAUCAAUAAAAAUAUGCAGAAGCCAGAUCAAAAUGACACCACCUUUAUGAUACACAGUGUUGGUCUUCAUAACAGUGGAAACUACAGCUGUGUUUACUCCAUUUGGAAUAAUUCGCUUCCCAAAGUAGCCAUGAGGGGAGACAACGUCAUUCAGAUCCUGGUCAUAUCCAAUUUUCUCCCUGCAGAUAUUUCAGUCGCUGGGCCGUCCACUAUCAGCGAGGGAGACCAUGUGGCAUUCAGAUGUACUGUUUCUGACACCCUGCAAACACUCGGUAAAUGUCAACUCAUCCACUCUUACCUAAGGAGGAAUGAGACCAUCCUCCAAGUGCAACCAUUUAAUGUCACCCGCAUGGAGGCGACUUUCACCAUCAAAAGUGCCGUCAUGAGGGAUUCAGGCCAUUACAGCUGCGUGGUGCUGCCAUCUAAAUGCAUCCGAGAGCAUGAGAAAACACUCUAUGGAAAUAACGCAGUAUUACUCGAGGUCACAGUAAAUUGGGUCCUCCCAGUGUUUAUCUCUUGUGGAGUGAUAACCCUGAUUCUAUCGCUGGGUCUGAGUCUGUGGUGGAUCAACAAACGAGCUGGCUACUCAGCUUCAUCUAAUCCAUGUGCGGCGAGUCAGCAGGCUAAUGCAGACAUGGUGGAGGAACAGCAGGUGCAGACAGAGGGAGAGGAUCUGGACACACAAGAGGGAGACUCUUUCAGCAUGGAGGAGGAAGAAGAGUAUCAAAAUACUGUGGCUGCUGAGGACUUCACUUACUCCGAUGAUUGUGAGGGAGUGUACAGUGUUGCGGAUGAUCCACCACCUGCAGAACCAAAUCCGGCAUGUUUGUAUGCCAAGUCCUGCAGACAUAGAAAAACACCAGAUCCAGGCCUCACCUGAUUUUAUUUUCACUUAAAUGCAAAACUGGAACACCUGCCUGUGAUGUUUUGUUCAGUCUGUGUCUCAUGAAAUUAAGGAAAUGUUAAUAAUUAGAAUGGAUGAAUGAAGAUGUUUUCUGAAAGUGCAGUGGCUGUCGAACAUCUGAACUUUACAUUAUUACAGUCCACCAUAACAGCAAUAUAGCAGGAGGUUGGAUAGAAAAUGUCCUCAUACAUUCAAUUCUUAUAAGGAUCCUUUCUUUGUUGAGGGGCGAGAUUACCUUUCGCAUAUUUAAUGAAAAGACUGGGUGUUACUGCUUUAUAAAAUAUACUACAAUUUGUUUUCAGUAAUAAACACGGCAGGUGUUGUAAAUUGUGUUGAUUGAUUUGAAUUUGUAUUAAACAUUGUAGAAAACAAAUCAUUCCUCUUGUUUCAUUUAAUCAGACACAUUUGUAUGUUGUUGUCUCCAUUGUCCAUGUUUGUUUUGUAACACUGUCUAAUCAGUAAUCUAGUAGCCACCUGCAUUCAUUGUUACCACAGUGUCCCCUCAUGGAAGUUCAAGCCAAGAGAGCAAUGACCAAUCUGAUAAGAAAGGCACUCCAUCAGCAGCAGUGAUUGUAACGACUAACCAUGUUGUUCAGCUGAUGAGCUACCACUCAAGAGGAGCAUCCAAUAUCUGUGUCGCAGCUGCUUUCCUCCCCUCUCUCAUUACUGCCGCAGCUCCUGUGGGAACGGAGGAGCUGAUGGAAAGAAUGAAGUAACGAUUUUGUCAUCAAACAAUAGGGAGCAGCAUUGUGCAAUGCUGGAAAUGUUCAACUUUCAUUUCAUUUUAUUAUUUAUCUCGAACAAUCAACAAUGUUGCAAAUGAAAACAAAACAAAAAAA